AUGCAACAAGAAGUAAAGGCUUACCUAUUGGAUAUCGAGGGCACCGUAUGUCCGAUAAGCUUUGUCCACAAGCAGUUGUUCCCCUAUUUCUCCAGCCGCCUGGGGCACGUGAUCGCAACGCAUUUCGGCACUGGUGAUGAAAUAGACGCCGUGUUGCAACAGUUCCCGGCUGUGGAAUCAGCCACCGUGUUGCAAGACUACAUUGCAGAUCUUGUGGCACGUGACGUCAAGGACGCCACGUUGAAAUCUUUGCAAGGGAUUGUAUGGGCCGAAGGAUAUUCGUCGGGCGAGAUUGAAUCGCCUGUGUAUUCGGAUGCCAUCCGUCUGAUCAAAGAGACCCGUGUACCUGUGUACAUCUAUUCCAGCGGGAGUGUAGCCGCCCAGAAGCAGAUGUUCGGGCAUGUCAAAGAGGCAGGCGACCUGUGUCCACAGCUGCGCGGCUAUUUCGACAUUCCCUCUGCGGGUCCCAAGAUGGAGGCUUCUUCGUACAAGAAGAUAGUUGCGGAACUGGGAGUCGAGGCAAAGAGUGUGCUGUUUCUCAGCGACAAUCCCCGUGAGUUGCAUGCGGCACGUGCAGCAGGACUGGCCACGGGGUUAGCCUUAAGACCGGGGAAUGGUCCGGUCUCGGCAGCCGACCAGGCCGAGUUCACCGGAUACACAGACUUCUCGGAGUUAAAGUAG